AAACUACAGAAGAAACAUGACAACAAAAAACAGGAAGCGUCAAAUUUCAGAUGUGCCAGUUGUACAGUUGAAUCAACCACAUGGACGCCAUGUCAUCGGAUUGUGUUUAUCAGAUGUAUCAUAAGGUUUAAGCUUGUUAGUUAACUCGCUGCGUCCCGGGAAUCAUGAAGAGACAGUCAUAUUCAAAACCACUGGCGAGGAACAAGGAAACAAGGAAAUGCCACCACACGCCCUGAGGACCGGGGCGACUGUCAUGGCUCCGCCUAAGGUGAUACUGGAUAUUACCCGCAUUAUCUGCUGAAGUUUCCGUGUUGUAAGAGGUUGAAGAGAGUGAGGAGAAAUGGCUGAUGUGAUCACCCUCAGCUCUGACAGCGAGAAGGACGACUCUGAUGUGGAGAUUAUCGGCUGCUACAGUAACGUCAUGACCAAAGAUGACCCUCUGCCUCUCACAGCAGUGCGAGUGCACGUUGACGACAUCAACGUCUCACCGCUUUAUAUUGACCUCAAGGAUCCUAAAUGGACUCUUCCAGAGCUGAAGUUGCGUGCAAGGCGAAAAUCCCCUGCCGUGACAGUGGUGGACCUGACUGAGGGCGAUGUAGAUGAUGAGACAAAACAGGAGACGGCUAAUUUGCCACCAGAUGACCCUCUAAUAGUAAAAGAAAGUGCAACCAAAAACCAAACUUCAAACAAUCAAGAUUUUAACUUACAGAAAAGCUCUUCAAGAGACCCAACCGUUACUGCGCUACAGCCGGACUGUAGUAACUUAAAGCCAAAGAAGAGGCGCCUGGACUCUCAAACACAACACCAAGAGCAGACUGAUAACGCACACCAUCACACAGCAUUUGUAAAACUGAGACGAUUGCCUUGUCUUGAAACUCAUGUUGCUUUAAACAAAAAUUGCACACAAAUGUCACUGCACCUUAGUCAACUAGACAAUACAAGUGAAACUGCAAAAUGCAUUAGUAAUUUGAGAACUACCACAACAAAUGGCCCUCACACAGAUCCCUCAUUAGAUGAGUCUCCUCCUAAGGUGGUUGAAUCUCUCAUCAGACAGGAGGAACAAGAGAGCAAUAAUGAAUUUACAAACACACAGUUAAAUGCUAAUAUAUCUCAGCAUCUACAGAGCCCAGCUGACCACCCCUGCUCAGAUAAAGGGGGCACUGAUGCAACCUUAAAGGAGCACAGCACUCAUGAAGAUGAGAGGGAUGACUUUUGCUCAUCCGUGCUCAUCCCUUCUCCAACAUCCUGUUCUCCAUCUCAGGAUAAAGCACAGGGUUCCUUACAAAGAGAAGUCCUCUCCUCCAAACUGGAACAACUGGGAUUAGACAAAGCACAAUUCAGUCAAAGCCAUCUCUCUGAUCACUCAUCCUCGCACUAUUCUACCACUCUACCAAACCCUUCGGAGCCUUAUACCCUUGACUCUCUGUCCCAAACAGGUACCAUAUCUCAUAACCCAAUGAGCCAAGUCGACCCAGCGCCCACCUCUGAGUCUACACUAGCUGAGAAAACGCCUGAGUGGCAAUUGGAGGAGGUAAACAAUGACGAGGCCUCUAACAGCUCUGACUGUUUGCGCUUUAGCAUCCCCAGUGAACCUCCUUUAUCUGAGAACAUGGAUGACGAAUCUGGGGCCGGGACAUACAGAGGCGAUCUGAUCAUUGACAGUCCUGUGUCUCUUCUUUGGCAAGAGGGGAGUGACGGAGACGAAGGGAACAAAGAGAGCAGAUUUGAUAUGGACUUCAGGGCAGCCAGUAAAGAGGACAGGCAAUUUGUGUGUCCGGUUACACUCAGGAAAAUAAUGUCUGGACCAGCUCAAGCACUGUUCAAUGAGGAAGAUGACGGAUUUGGAACCCCAGAGGUGCUGUGUCGUCAGAGCCUGAGCCUGGUUUACAGUACCAUCGAUGAGGGCUACCCAGAGGGCACUUUGCAGCUCUUGUCUGACCUGCUACAGCCUGGUUACUAUCCCCCCAGAGAUAUCACCUCCCACCUGCUGCGUGGCAUUCUGCUCGACCCACAGUGCCCUUAUCACCUGUGCGUGCAGGCCUUUAAUCUGUUAAUGAGGACACAGAGACAUCACAUGGCGGAUAAAACCACUAUUCCAUGGGACUGGGAGUUGUUGACCUCAGUCAUGACCAGUCAGGACCAUACAAAGAGACAUCAAUGUGAGGUUGUGCGUAUGCUCCUGGAAUAUGUUGUGCAGACUUUGGAAGAUGACUUCCAGGCCAAAUGCUCCGUCUCUGCCCUCAACCGCUCCAUCGCCAAGGAAGUAUUGUCAUGUGAUCAGCAGUUCCAUCGCAUCAGGGAUGUCAUCAAGUGGCUCUUUUCUGCCAUUAUAAAGUCAACAGAGCAUCGAGAGUGUAAAGAAGCAGCCAAAGAGAGAGAUGAACAAAUCAGAAUGGUGUUCAUCUUCCAGAGGAUGCUGUCCUUGGCUCUGGAGGUGGACCGCUCUCCAGCUCUAAACUCGGCCAAGCUGUCCCAGGAGCUCUUCCAUAUGCUCAUCAGCGAUAUACCUCUACGAGCACACAGAAUGUUGUUGCUCGAGAGCCUGCAGAGCAAGCUGCUGAGAUGUAAGCUGUUGGAACAUCUGUUGGACUAUGCAUGCCCAAUGAAAAUCUCUCUGCCCAUGUCACUCAGUCUCCUGCUUCACUUUCUGAAGUUCUGCACUUUGGCACCAGACCCUUCGGACGGUACUGAAAGGUGGCACAAGUGGGAAGAGCUGGUCCAUCUUCUCUGGAUGCUGCUGCUCAGCUACAACAAAGCAAUGAAAGGCUAUCUGUGCAACUCAGUCUCCGAACAAAGAGGCAGAGUCGUCAACUUGGUCUACAAGCCAGAUGAUAUCGUAUCUAAGCCCGCCAUUUGUGAGGCAGUGGAGGCCUUCCUGUCCAGAUCCCAGGCUGACAUCGGCCAAGCUUUACCUCUCCAUGUGGAGGAGUCCCUCACCUAUCUACAGGAUCACCUGUUAGAUGUCUGUCAGUGUUGAAUUUUAAAAAUAAAAAUGUGUGUGUGUGUUCAUUUUCUUGGACGAUUAAUAAACCAUUGUACUAAUUUAAUAUUUAUAUAUUUUUGUAAGAGUUGAAUAAAUAAACGAGUUGAA